AUAGAAUGAGUGAGACGCGUGAACAGAUACUCGAAGAAAUUAAAAUUCAAGGCGAUUUAGUUAGAAAACUUAAAGCAGCCAAGGAAACCAAAGAAAAGGUUUAAACAAUCGGCGCGUUUUAUUAAAUCUUUACCAAAAAAUUCUCCACACAAGAUUAUUCGAACUCAAAUUGAGUAAAAUUUUGUAAACGAGAUAAUCUGUAAAACUAUAGAAUCCUAUUAAAUAUUAAAUAAAACAUAAAAAAUGUUGCGUUCGAUUGGCCGUCAAACUGCUUACUUAAUUGGUCAUACAAAAAGUCGGCCAAUAACAAAUUGGUCCACAUUUGUGUGUACAACGUUCAGCGGCGGACGAAAAUUCGGGCCCGCAGAUCAGCAAACGUGUCGUCACUGCGCCACCAACCAUAAGGUGGGGCAAUUCAAAAGUGCUUCAACAAAUGAAAUUUCACAUAGAAAAAAGAAAAACCACGCAAUCAACAGCAAUAAUGAGACUGAUGAAGAGGCAACCCUGCUAGAACAACAACUGGCGCAGAUAGAUGAAGAGGUAGCGCGUUUGUUAGCGCUGAAAGCGAAGCUCGGCGAUGGCCCCGCAACGCCGCAGAAGUUUACGCUCAAGACGCCAAAAGGUACGCGCGACUAUUCGCCACAGCAGAUGAUGUUGCGGCAGGGUGUGCUGGAUAAGAUUGUGGCGGUCUUCAAGAAACAUGGUGGCGAAGCCAUCGAUACGCCUGUAUUUGAGUUAAAGGAGGUGCUCACUGGCAAGUAUGGUGAGGAUUCCAAACUCAUUUACGAUCUCAAAGAUCAAGGUGGCGAAAUUUUGUCGCUACGCUAUGACUUGACUGUGCCCCUAGCACGUUACCUGGCUAUGAGUAAAAUAUCUACCUUAAAGCGCUACCAUAUCGCCAAAGUAUACCGGCGUGAUAAUCCCGCUAUGACACGCGGUCGUUAUCGUGAAUUCUAUCAAUGCGAUUUCGAUAUUGCCGGCACUUUUGAUCCCAUGCUGCCAGAUGCAGAGUGCGUGAAAAUUGUUUCUGAAGUGCUGGAUACAUUGGACAUUGGCGAAUAUGUGAUUAAAAUUAAUCAUCGGCAAUUAUUGGAUGGCAUGUUCGAGGCGUGUGGUGUACCUGCGGAUAAGUUCCGCACUAUUUGCUCUGCCGUAGAUAAGUUGGAUAAGUCUCCUUGGGCUGAAGUGCGUAAGGAAAUGAUUGAGGAAAAGGGGCUGGAUGCUGUCGCUGCUGAUAAAAUUGGUGAAUAUGUGCGUCUGAGUGGCGGUAUUGAGCUUGUGGCACAGCUGCAAGCUGAUGAAAAAUUGAAAUCUGUGUCUAGUGCCGUUAAAGGCUUGGAAAGCAUGCAGCUGCUGCUGAAGUACUGCGAUGCUAUGGGUUUGUCGCCAAAGAUUAGCUUCGACUUGAGUCUGGCACGCGGCCUGGACUACUAUACCGGUGUAAUUUAUGAGUGUGUGCUGAAGGCCGAGCCGAAGAUUGCGCAGAAUGGUGCUGAUGCUGCGGAGGAACAAGGUGCUGUCGGUUCAGUGGCUGGCGGUGGGCGUUAUGACAACCUGGUCGGCAUGUUCGAUCCCAAGGGCAAGCAAGUGCCAUGCGUUGGCGUCUCCAUUGGUGUGGAACGUAUCUUCUCCGUAUUGGAAGCCAAAAAUGCGGCAGCCGGCGUAAAGACACGCACCAAUGAGGUGGAGGUGUAUGUAGCAUCGGCACAUAAAGGCUUGCACGAAAAGCGUUUGAGCAUUUUGAAUAGCCUCUGGGACCAAGGCAUUAAGGCUGAACACUCUUAUAAGCUUAAUCCUAAGUUGUUAGUGCAGUUGCAAUACUGUGAGGAAAAUCAAAUACCUUUCGCAGUGGUGUUUGGUGACUCGGAAUUGUCCAAAGGCGUUGUGAAGUUACGUGAAGUGAGUACACGCAAGGAGGAGGAGAUAUCACUGACCGAAUUGGGGAAUGAGAUAAAGAAGCGUUUGAACAAUUAAAUUGCUUGAGCUACUUGCGUGAUAACUAUAAGCAGGCUACAAUAGAUUGAAUUAUUUAUUUAUCACAAAAUAUAA